AUGAAGCAGAGAUUCUCGUCCUUGGACGUUAAGGUUAUUACGCAGGAAUUGGCGUCGGAGUGUGUCAACCUCCGUGUGUCCAACAUUUACGAUCUGUCCUCGCGUAUAUUCCUCUUCAAACUCGCCAAGCCAGACCACCGGCGCCAACUCAUUAUUGACUCCGGUUUUCGCACUCAUGUCACCCAAUAUUCGCGAACCGCGGCAACCACACCUUCGCCAUUUGUGACCCGUCUCCGAAAGUACCUAAAGUCUCGUCGGAUUACAGGCAUCUCCCAAAUUGGUACUGAUCGCAUCAUCGACAUCUCGUUCAGCGAUGGCGCAUACCACGUCUUCCUCGAAUUCUUCGCUGGUGGGAACAUUAUCUUGACAGACCGAGAGUACAACAUUCUGGCUUUCUUCCGCCAGGUCGCGGCCGGUGAUGGUGGAGAAGAGAUCAAGGCUGGACUCAAGUACACUGUGUCUAAUAAGCAGAACUAUAACGGGGUUCCGGAUAUCACAGCGGAUCGAAUCUUGCAGACACUAGAAAAGGCACAGGCAUUUUCUGCCCAAGAGGGGAAUGCGCCCAAAAAGUCCAAGAAAAAAGGAGCAGAUAUUUUGCGAAAGGCAUUGUCGCAAGGCUUUCCUGAAUAUCCUCCCUUGCUCUUAGACCACGUCUUUGCGACCAAGGAAUUUGAUACUACAACACCAUUGGACCAAGUCUUAGGGAGCCAAGAUCUCCUGCAGACUGUGAAAGAGGUGCUAGAAGAAUCGCAGCGAAUUUCCAACUCCUUUGAUUCUGGCGACAGCCAUCCGGGCUACAUUAUUGCGAAAGAAGACACGCGGCCCAUCCCGGAAGGAGAAACUUCGUCAAAAGCCCCGGGUCUGCUGUACGAGGACUUUCACCCGUUCAAGCCUCGGCAGUUUGAAAAUAAACCAGGAAUAAAGAUUCUGGAGUUCGAGCGUUUCAAUGCCACGGUCGACGAAUACUUCUCAUCUCUUGAAUCUCAGCGACUCGAGUCGCGAUUGACAGAGCGCGAGGAGGCAGCCAAGAAGAAGCUCGAAUCCGUGCGAUCAGAGCACAAAAAGCGAAUUGAUGAGCUCAAGAACGUACAAGAGCUUCAUAUCCGUAAAGCGGAUGCUAUUCAGGACAAUGUUUAUCGAGUCCAAGAGGCAGUGGAUGCUGUCAAUGGACUGGUGGCCCAGGGAAUGGACUGGGGUGAGAUUGCGCGCUUGAUCGAGAUGGAGCAGGAUCGCGGCAACCCAGUGGCGCAAACCAUCAAAUUGCCCCUCAAACUGUACGAAAACACGGUCACCCUACUUCUUGGAGAGGCCGGCGACGACGAGGAUGAAGACGAGGAAUUUUCUAGCAGCGAUGAAUCAGACUCCGACUCAGAGAACGAAGCAGAACAAGAGAGAGGCCGUGCGGAACGAGAGUCUAAGCUAUUGACCAUUGACAUUGACCUUGGGUUGACCCCAUGGGCGAACGCAUCGCAAUAUUAUGACCAGAAGAAGCAAGCUUCGGAGAAGGAACAAAGGACAGCUCAAUCGUCUACGAAGGCGCUGAAGAGCCACGAGAAAAAGGUGACGAUCGACCUCAAGAAAGGCUUGAAGAAAGAGAAGCAAGUGCUUCGACAGGCUCGAACCCCAUUCUGGUUUGAGAAAUUUAUCUUUUUCAUUUCUUCAGAGGGUUACUUGGUUAUAGGUGCACGUGAUGCUAUGCAGAGCGAAUUGCUCUACCGGCGUUAUCUGUCUAAGGGCGAUAUCUUUGUGCACGCUGACCUCGAAGGUGCUACGCCAAUCGUGGUGAAGAACCGACCUGGUAGUGCAGACGCACCAAUCUCUCCAAGCACACUAUCUCAAGCCGGCAACCUUUGCGUUGCGACUUCAAUUGCUUGGGAUUCUAAGGCUGUCAUGUCCGCUUGGUGGGCGCAUGCUCAUCAGGUAUCGAAAAUCGCAGAGAAUGGUAGUGGAAUCAUGCCCACAGGUGUAUUCCAAAUCAAGGGAGAGAAGAAGUUCUUGGCCCCAUCGCAACUGGUGCUUGGAUUUGGUAUUAUGUUCCAAGUCAGCCAGGAAAGCGUUCGAAACCAUAAGCAGCGAUUUGACACAUCCGACGUUCCGCAGGCUGCUAUAACUCCUACAGAUGAGACUGAGGCUUCUGACCCAAAGGACGCCGUGGAGUCAGAGGCCCCAGGGCAGACAGAGGCCACCGAAGAGACCACCGAAGAUGCAAAGGAAGACACGGAGAAGGAAGACGCAGAGAAGGAAGACGCAGAGAAGGAAGACGCAGAGAAAGAAGAUGCGGGAUCUGGAGAGGAGGAUGAAGAUGAUAAAGCGGCCACCAGAAACCCUCUCCAGCAAGGCGAUUCCGGGCUCCCCACCUCUCAGCCAACUCAAGAAUCGGACUCCGAGUCUGAGCCGGAAGAAGAGUCAAAGGAUGAGCUGGAGCAAGGAGUUGCAGAAGAUCAGCUGGAGGGAGAAGAAGCUACAUCCACGGCAGGUCAAAACUCUGUACCCGAGACAAGUGAAGAACCGAACUUGAAUGCUCGAGAGCGACGUACCUUGCGACAAGGCAAGCCUCUUGAUCGUCCCGGCGAUGAAGAACCAGUUGUACCACGCAUCGCGCCUACUCGCGGCAAGCGGGCGAAGGACAAGCGCGCUGCUGCUAAGUAUGCCCAUCAAGACGAUGACGAGCGAGAACUUGCUCUUCGCUUGGUGGGUGCCAACAAGGGCAAAGCCGCAAAGGCGGCCAAGGCAGCGGAAGCCAAGGAGCAGCGUGAGCGAGAGGCCGAGGCGCAAAGACAACGACGACGGGCCCAGCAUGAGCGUGCUGCCGAAGCCGAGCGCAAGCGCCAGGCCCAAUUCAUGGAAAAUGGAACAGACGAUUACAACGAGGAGACAGCUGCCGCAGAAGCUGCGGAUCUCACCUGGAUUCCAGCCUUGGUGGGUACACCAACUACGGAUGACGAAAUUAUUGCUGCUAUUCCUGUGUGUGCUCCAUGGGCUGCUCUUGGACGCUACAAAUACAAAGUCAAGCUGCAGCCGGGUUCCGUGAAGAAGGGCAAGGCUGUAAAGGAGAUUAUUGGUCGGUGGGUGUCCGAGACCACCACCGGAAAGGUCAAGAAGGAGCACGCCGAAGAUGUCGGCAUCUCUCGCGUCGACGCGGAGCGUCUCCGGGAACGGGAGGGGGAGCUCAUCAAGGGCUGGAAGGAUACAGAAAUUAUCAACACCAUGGUUGUGGGCAAGGUGCGCAUCAUGACUGCGGGAACUGGAGGUGCCGGAGGUGGUGAUAAGGGCAAGGGCAAAGGUGGAAAGGGUGGAGGUGGAGGAGGCAGGGGAGGUGGUAAGGGCAAGAAAAAAUGA